ACAAUCGUGGAAGCCACUUACAAUACUUAGAGCGAUUUGAUUAUUGAUUAUUAUAUUUUACACGGUUAGUUUGUAUUUAAAAGUGAAUAUUAAAAUGGGGAAGCGUUAUUACUGUGAUUACUGUGAUAGGAGUUUUCAGGACACACUGCACAACAGAAAGAAACAUCUAAACGGUGUUCAGCACCACAGAGCCAAGAAAGCCUGGUUCGAUCACUUCAGAGAUGCUGCUGCAAUUCUACAAGAUGAGAGAACCAAACAACCCUGCAGGAAGUUCUUACAGACAGGCCAGUGUGUAUUUGGUCCUAACUGUCGCUAUUCACACAUGUCUGAGCACCAUAUGAAUGUUUUGGAGCAACAAAUUGAAGAUGAGAGGUGGCUGAACUCUGAUCAGGGAAAAUCCCUCACAGAACCUUCACUAGACAAGUGGCUCUUGAGGAGAGAGAAGAGGGCCGUUACAACCAAAGGAAGUGUUUUAAAACUGGAAGAGGAAACAGGAGCUGAAAGUAAUGAAGUUCCACAGUUUUUGCUGUCUAUUCCAGAUCUUCCUCCAUCACUUUUACCAGUGCAGCCUGCAGGAUGGAGAGGUGCAGUUCACACUGACUGGGGUUAAAUGGGCAGAAUACAAUUUUAUGAGGAUAUUUAUGUGUUUAUGAAUCUCCAGACUGCAACCUAAUGCAUGGCUAAAUCCUAGCUUUGGGUAUAUAAAAACGUCUACUUCAAUAAAUAGUUCAAUUUAAAAUGUAUACAGUUAUACAUUUGUUAAGUUUUGCACAGGGGGCCUAGGUUAUCAUCAUGAAAGCUGCAUAAAAAAAUCAGCACUCAGUCCCAAACUACUGACAUAUUAAUGCCCACGAUUUUGGAAUGGGGUGUCUGCCAUCCUAUGGUCAGGUGUCCAUGUUCUUUUGGCUAUAUAGUGUAUUUCUCUAGGUCCUUUUGAUCAUAUAAUAUUUUUGAGAGCUGCCACCAAGACAGCACAUAUUUUGUAUUUGUUUAUGUUUACUCUCGAAACACUGAUGAUUGUUGUCUUGUUCUUGGCUUCUAACAGUCACAUGAUCCAAGCUCCAACAUAUCCUCAGCUAACAAGUACUCUUCAGAAAUUUGACCAGUAUCAAAGCUUCCCACAUCGCUUAAUUAAUCUAUGCCCAAACAUUGUAGUUGUUCAUGGUGGAUGGUGUGAUUUAAAUCCUGUCCUAUUCGAGAGAUAGAUGGGUGCUGCUGCUAUUUUAAUUGUUGUUUGCAAGCUUUAGAGGAACACCGGCCUCUGUUGCCUUUGUAUGUCUCUUGUGUCUUAAGGCUCUGAUUGAAAAUCCAAUGUGCCGGAGCAUUUUCAAUUUACUCCCAAUUGUUUCACGCAGCUCUGUGCCUGACUGUUUAGCUUAAACAGGCUUGGCGAGGGCCCCAUCUUUACUGUGAUGAAUAUUACAGAAGACUUGGAUUAUUUCAGAUCCUGUGAUAAAGCACCCUGAGUAAAGGCAAUGUAUAUAGCAUGAUACAGAGCCUUAGUAUCUCCUUGUAACACCUGGUUACCUUGUUCAGACUGCAAGGAACAGAACAAUCAACUUCUAAUAAACGUCAGUCUGCAUUAGGAAUGAAUAUAAGAUUUUUAGCGUUGCACUGGGGCUGAUAAAGAUAUCUGGGGUGAUUCACAGUGAAAGUGAGUAGGGCUGUAGUGGUCAAAGGGUCAAAUACAGCACCAGUUGGGUGCAUCUACAGACAAGGUAUCAUAAGACGCAACUCUGUGGAAUAAAGGCCUCUUUUGUGUUUAUAACCUGAUGAGCAGGAAGUAUCUGGUUUUUCAGAUGUUAUUUUCUCAGUCUCAUGAUAAAUUUGCUUUAAUCACUGUUAUUACAUUUCGGUUUUAUUGUUUUGUGUGGAAUUUUUACCUUAUUUGCAAUAAAACAAUAAAAUGACAAUUGAGCUUACAACAUGAACAAAACUAGCUUCUAACUGCCUGUGAUAUUUUGCAUAAUGGAACAAAACCUUGCAAAGAUUUGACUUGAAUUCUAUAGAAAGGUCUGAUGUUGGAAUGUUUAGCAUAAUUUAUGCAGCUAAUAAUUCAGUUACAUAAUAACAUAGAGUACAGUACUGUUUUGUAUGGUCAAAAAUGCCCAUUAAUUGAUGAUAUAAUUGUAUGUUCUAAGAAACAUAUGAGCAGCAGAAAGUCUUCAGAUGUUGUUAAAGAGAAACUGUUGCAGUAGCAUCAAAGACCAUGUAAUACUGUCAUGCUCAAGCUGUCAGGUUUUUUUUUUCCAUGUGGUAAUUCAUUUACCUUGUUGAUAUUUGACUGCCACAACCCCUGUGUUAGUGUGGGGUUUCCGUUUGCUUUCUACUUCCCACAAACAUGCAGAAUGUGGAAUGGCGUGUAGUCUGUUAUUGUGUAAUUGUUGCCCUGUGGUGGAAUCCUGCCUGUUUCAGGUAGUUUCCAGGUAGCACCACACACACUGUGAUCCAGACCAGGAAAAUUGAUAAAAUGAGUAAAUGGAUGAUUGUGUGGAGAAGGAAAAAGCAGAAGUAUAAGUCACUUGUUUAAUAUGCUGUGUAAUCUUCUAUAAUAAUUUUGGUAGGUGUAAACUUGCUGAUGCACAUUUUGUGCUUCCUACUGUCUGUCAAGAACUCAGUCGACAAAAGAAACCCGUAAACAUCACCAGUUUAUUUCAGUUUCUCACAUGAUACAUUUACAUGUUUACAUUUACUUCUCAGCACGGCAGACUUCGCAGCUUAUUGUUGAUAUAUUUUUACAAUUUACAUACAACAGGUGUACAGAAUGUUCGAAUAUACAUGCUGUUUUUGAAGAGAUGCUGUACAAUGAAUUGUAAUAAUAUUGUAUGUUACACUUAAAGCAAUGUGCCAAAAAUAUUAGUAAAAAAGUAAACAAAA